AUGGAAUCGCCUGAUCUAUACUGGUUGCCUCAGGCCUAUAGUCCCGGUCACGCUCCUGAGCAGGACCAUGAUGAUGCGCGGGAAAACAUCUUCUUUGGUAGUAUCGGCCAACGCAUCUCCAAAGAACUAAGCGACAAAGAGAUGUUCAAGAAGCACGGGUUCUCCUGGCCACAUCAGAAGAUGACUGAAGAGAUGGACGAACCAGGAUUUUCGGAGAUCAGGACCGAAAUGGCACCCUGCGAGCCUUGCGCAUCAUGCGGUGGCCCAGUUGGGCACAUCUUUGCAGUCAGUCAGGAUUACGAGAGGGCUUACUGUAAGGAAUGCAUGCAUGCAGCUGACGUCGAGCACGUCGUCAGGCCGAAAAUGGUCUUCAACGAAAAUGUGGACCACAUCCUAGACGAAGGACCGUGCGUCACAGAUGCAAACAAGACAACAACGAAGAGGAUACCAAACGAACACUAUACUGACUACAAGCCGCUGGACAAGGCAGCCCACGAGAUCCGACUAGUGUUCAUUAUGCCAGCUAAAGAUGACAAUGAGCCUGUCAGCUGUGUCCUACUCGAGUUCAAACCUCCGGUUCAGCAGCAACAUCACUAUAUUGCGCUAUCGUAUUGCUGGGGAGAGAUGCAAAACCAGAGAGCUAUUACACUCGCGCAUAUGCCAACUGGACCCGAUGGUGGUGGUGAUUACUUCACCCGCUUCAAGCCGUUCCGCGUCACCGAAAACCUCCACAAUGCUCUGAGGAGCUUCCGAAAGUGGCAACGAGAAUAUUGGGAUCCCGGAUUCGGACGAAAACCCAAGUACCCACACUUUUGGAUUGAUGCCCUGUGCAUAAAUCAGAACGACAACGAAGAGCGUUCAUACCAAGUCGGGAUGAUGGGUCAGAUAUAUGCAAGUGCGGCGAAUUUGUGGAUAUGGCUUGGUGAAGACAAAGCAAUGCAAGAAGCUGCCAAGAGGGUCAAAGCCUAUUGCAAUGUGGUGCGACAUGAGAUCACCUCAAACGUGGAUUUAUCUGACGACCAGUUGGAGAAGCUGUCUCUGAUUGCCGGCACGUAUGGGGGCAAGGCGCACCUUCCGUGGGAUCUCGUCCGAACACUUUCCCGUGUGUUCGACCGGCCUUGGUUCACUCGAAUUUGGGUGCUGCAAGAAGUGUUCCGGACACGUGGGGAGGCAUGGAUCCAUAUCGAUCCGGAAAACUUCGUUGAGUGGACCGAUGUACUGCUGCUACAGAGACUCUCACAACGGAUCUGUGCCCACGAACAGAAACAACCAAAGACUCCGGUUCCUACCAUAUGGGCAGAGUUGGUCCGCAUCCGCUACACAAACACUCCUGAUGCGUCUUUGACGGUUUUAGAGUUGUUUCGUAUGACUUGCACUAGUUUCAACUCCGGCGAUCCUCGUGACAAGCUAUUUGCGCUCUUUGGCUUGGCGAGGGAGAUGAACAGGUUGUCGACAUCUGAUUUGCCUGCAAGACUUGCAAUUGACUACGACAAAACUGAGAAGCAGCUUUUCUGCGACUUCACACGUUGGUGCAUCGAGAAUUACCGCAACCUUGACGUUCUCAGUGUUGUUGCCGAAACCGUCCAGCAAUUACGUCCUGAUCAACACCGCGACGAACAGACAAACGACGUUGUCGAAUUUGGCUAUCCCUCAUGGGCACUUUGGCACAGAGGAAGACCGGAUCCUACGAGAGGCAAUCUGGCGCUUUCAGGCUCACAAUUCAGUCUUGCGGAGACCAAGGCUAUCGACAUGGAUGCCCUGAACCGUAAGAUCGAUUUCCCCCCGUAA